AUGAAGAUACCUGUACAACAUACCCUACUAGGGUUGGGUCUAUCCGGCCUGAGCUUAGCUGGUAUCGCAGGACGAGACUUCGAGGUCAUACGGUUCCACAGCCUCGCGGGUGUCACAGCCGACUCUUUGCACAACAUUCAUGUCGAGUUCCUGGACAAGCAAUUCGAGGGUCACCUGCAGCUCGUCUACGGGGAAUGCGGAAUCCAAGAUCCGACACAGAGUCACCAUGAGAUCGGGAGUGCGUUUGUGAAACGCGAAGCACUGCCAGAGCGAUUCGUAUGGGUCACACCAUCUGACGCACCCCAUUCAAACUGUCUGCAUGCCUUCUCCGGAUCAAGACUCGUGGGCCGGUCUGCGCCCAUCACAGUCUCGUCGCCAAUCAAGAAGCGUGAGAGUAUCGCCGAUGUGGCAGAUGCCAUGGGACCGUGGUUUGAUGGUGUCUCGUACAUGAAGUCAAAGAAGAACUCCAAGGCAUUUGUGUCCAAAGCGAAGAAAACGUCUGUUGCUAUUCUUGGCGGCGGAAUGUCCGGCUUGAUGACGAGUUUGCUGCUCGACUCUGUCGGUAUCCAUGACUGGCACAUCUACGAAUCCUCCGGCCGCAUCGGAGGUCGCAUUCGUACCAAGUACCUCAACAACACAGCUCCCGAUCAAUACCAGUAUCAGGAGAUGGGGCCGAUGCGAUUCCCCGUGAGCAUCACCUAUGCCGACACCAACGAGACUCUCGAGAUCCAAGAUCACCGCAUGGUCUUCCAACUGGCCAAUACUCUCAACACGAUGAAUGCCCACCGACCUGACCUCGCGGUCAACUUCAUCCCUUUCAUCCAGAACAGCCCCAAUGUCCCAGCAUCCUCUGGCGGCAACCGUCUCCCCAACGGCUUGAUCCCGAGUGCCGCCCAGAUCGCAGCCAACUCCUCCCUGGCCUACAAGCCCGGCUCGCCCAAUGACACAGCUGUUGCUGAAGCAAAAUCCGCAUACAACAAUUUCACCGAACUCGACAACCGCGACACAAUCCGCAAACUAGCCACCAACAUGUACCAAGCCCACAAGCAAGCGGUCGAGGACGGCAUGUUCGACUGGUCCGAAGCCGGAUAUCUGAGAUCACUGGGCUACAACGCCAACGUCGCCGACUAUGUAGCCGGCACCGGCGACUCCCCAAUCUGGGGCGACCUCUAUGACGACGUCUACUUCGCCGCCACAAAAUGGCGCACCAUCGACAAGGGCCUCGAAUCACUCCCCCGAGCCUUCUACCCGCACGUCGCAAAGAAGACAACCCUCAACCGCACUGUUGACGGACUCGUGUACAACGAGGCUUCCGGCAAAGUUGCCGUUACCUGGCGCAAGGAUCCUUUCCAGUUGACCCCUGAGACAACAAGGAAUAUGACUACGCUGUCGUCGCCGCGCCCUUCAGCAAGCCGAGCUAUCUCCACUCUGAACUACGAGCCUUCCUGCAAGAUCUCCCUGCUCUAUAAGACCCGCUUCUGGGAGCAUCAGGAGGAGCCGAUCUUUGGCGGAUGCGGGUCUGUCGAUGUGCCGGGUGUCGGAAGCGUCUGCUACCCGUCUUAUAAUCUGAACGGUACGGGACCUGGUGUCGUUCUCGCGUCGUAUGUUUCUGGCACUCUGGCUCGGUCGACGGCUGCUCUGAGCGAGGAUGAGCACGUGGCGUUGAUUCAGCGCACUAUGGUCGAGAUCCAUGGAGAUAUUGCUGCGGAGCAGUUCACUGGUAUCUACAACCGCCAGUGCUGGGAGUUUGAUCAGCACCAGGCGGGGGCGUGGGCCGAUCCGACUGUUGGGCAGCAGGAGCUGUAUCUGCCUGCUUACUAUCAGACGGAGUUCAAGACUAUCUUUAUUGGGGAGCACACCAGUUAUACUCAUGCUUGGAUCUUCUCGGCCUUGGAUUCGGCUGUUCGGGGGACUACGCAGUUGCUGCUUGAUCUUGGGCUUGUCGAUGAGGCGAAGGAGAUUGUUGAGACUUGGAUGGGUAGAUGGAUUAAGCUGUGA